UCCAUAACUAAGACAGGUCUCACAAAACUCGCCGUCAACUCCUCCAGAAGUCUCUGUCCGAUUCGUGUACGCAGACAGACCGAAGAUCAAAGAGACAGGGACAAAGAGAUGGGUGGAACCCAGGUGAUGAAGAGAAUCCCACGCAUCCAAUUCCCUCAAAGACGUCCCAAGCCCACUGCCACUGAUUCUGCAUCCCAGAGUCAAACAACAUCUACAGCUGGUGAUGCUGGCCAAACUUUCUUCUUUGUUUCAAAGGUCUCAACAACUGUGGGAGGGAAAGCUUCUCUUCAGCCCAAACGAACACCCAUGUCCAAUGAGGAGAUUGAGGCUAUUUUGUUGGGUGGCUGCUUCUGAUCAUGUUAUAGAAGCUUUGAGAAGGGAUGAUGCUUUUUCCCCGCCACUCUUUUGUUUUUGAAAUACUCAAAAGUUGACUUUCUACAAAUGUUGUGAUGGUUUUUAGAGGAAUAAUUUCCUAAUUUACAAUUUCAAAGACAGAAUAUACAAACAGCUAUGAAUUUAAAAGCUGUCCUUGACAUACUUUCUCCA